CAGCAUAUUUGUAUGGUCCGAAACAAAUGCCAGCGAAGGGGAUAGUACUCGGACCGAAACUCGGAAUCGGACUCGGACUCGGACUCGGACCUGGAGCUGUGACUCAGCGAGCAGCCAUGGCUACUCUCUCCAACGCCCUUCCACCUCCCCAGAGCCUCGUCUUCCUGCGAAGCGGGUCGACUCGCCGGCGCGCCCUUCGCGCCAACUCGGCCGCUCGAACUCACUCCUCCCUCCUCACUUCCUCUGCUCUUACUCUCAGAGCCUCAGCUUCCACAGAGGACCUCCCAACCUCCUCAGCUAAAGGAAUUGAGAAUGUGGUGAUAAUAGGUUCAGGUCCUGCUGGAUACACAGCAGCAAUUUAUGCAGCUCGUGCCAAUUUGAAGCCUGUAGUUUUUGAGGGGUAUCAGGUAGGCGGUGUUCCAGGUGGACAGUUGAUGACAACUACUGAAGUGGAGAACUUUCCGGGCUUUCCAGAUGGAAUAACUGGUCCAGAUUUGAUGGAUCGGAUGCGGAAGCAAGCAGAGCGAUGGGGUGCAGAAUUAUUCCAAGAAGAUGUGGAAAUUAUUGAUGUGAAGAAUAGCCCUUUUACUGUGCAAAGUAGUGAACGCAAGGUCAAGUGCCACAGUGUCAUUUUUGCCACAGGAGCUGCUGCACAAAGACUUGGAUUACCACGUGAGGACGAAUUCUGGAGUAGAGGAAUCAGUGCUUGUGCAAUUUGUGAUGGAGCAUCACCAUUAUUUAAGGGGCAAAUCCUUGCUGUUGUUGGAGGAGGGGACACAGCUACAGAGGAAGCACUAUACCUGACUAAAUAUGCUCGGCAUGUUCAUCUGCUUGUACGUAAGGACCAGCUAAAGGCAUCUAAAGCAAUGCAAGAUAGAGUUUACAACAAUCCAAAUAUCACCUUGCACUUCAAUACAGAGGCUGUUGAUGUUGUUAGCAAUACGAAAGGCCAGAUGUCUGGCAUUUUAGUUAGAAAAGUUGAUUCUGGAGAGAAAUCUGUGCUUGAGGCAAAAGGGUUAUUUUAUGGUAUAGGCCAUUUGCCAAACAGCCAAUUGUUGGAAGGCCAAGUUGAACUUGACAGCUCAGGCUAUGUCUUAGUUCAGGAGGGCAGUGCAAAAACUUCUGUUGAAGGUUUAUUUGCUGCUGGUGAUGUACAGGACCAUGAAUGGAGGCAAGCGGUAACUGCAGCCGGAUCUGGAUGCAUUGCUGCUUUAUCUGUUGAGAGAUAUCUCGCAAGCAAUAAUCUGCUUGUUGAAUUUCACCAGCCCCUUACUGAGGAGGUUAAGAAGGAAAUUUCGGAUAGGGAUGUGCAGGAGGGUUUUGACAUUACAUUGACAAAGCACAAGGGUCAGUAUGCUUUACGAAAAUUGUACCAUGAAAGUCCACGGCUUUUAUGUGUAUUAUAUACAGCACCAACAUGUGGUCCAUGUAGGACUUUGAAGCCAAUUCUUACCAAGGUCAUAGAUGAAUUUGACCAAAAUGUACACUUUGUUGAAAUUGACAUCGAGGAAGAUCCAGAAAUAGCAGAAGCAGCUGGAAUUAUGGGCACGCCAUGUGUGCAGUUUUUCAAACACAGGGAAAUGCUCAGGAAUGUAUCAGGGGUCAAAAUGAAGAAAGAGUACAGAGAAUUUAUUGAAGAACAUACAUGAGAGUAUUUCAAAUGUUUGCUUGGCUGAUGCCCCACCAUCAUAAAAAAAGGGGGCUAGGGGUUAAAACUUUACCUGAAGAUACUCCACAUGCAGGAUAUUGCCUCUCCCAUCACUCACAUCUGAUGACAUAAGAUUACUGUCUAGAAAGUGCACGAAUGAAACCUUGGACAGUUAAUGAAUGGAAUGGAUGCCUCUAUGAUAACUUACAACUGAAUAAUUCCUUCAACUGACAGAAGUAUGGAAGCCUAAUGCCUCUGCUUACUUUCAUUGAAUAAUUCCUUCGACUCAAAGAAAUGAGGAAGCCUAGUGCUUGUUGCUGAGGUUGGCCUAAAUUGUCACACUAUGUUAUCACCAGUAAAAUAUAACAAUCUUUUUGGUUAAAUAAUGAAAUGAGAUUGAUAAUGAUAAUGUGAAGGGGAAAGAUGCAAAG